CAACAAAACGAAAGCAAAAAAAAGACUUCAAUGGACGACGUCGUUUGUGUGUGCGAAAAAAUUUUCCCCGAUCAGGAAAAUCGCUUUUAGCCAGUGAAAUUCGUCCCCAAACGGGACCAAAUCCGCCACCAUGGAAACCUCCGGAGACAUGCUGACGAUCAACAACUUUUUCGAGAACGACAUGCUGGAUUUUGAUGGAAGCAGUGGUUUAGAGUUUCCCGAUUUAGAUUUCGUUUACGCGGACGCCGACUCGCAUGCGAACGAGAUUGCGGAACUGUACAGCUACACCGAGCAGGCCGAGUUCCAGCACAAUGUUAAGGCCUUCGAGGAUCAAAUGGAGUAUUACAAAUUGCCACCGAGCUGGCAGAAACUGUCCGAGUUGGAGCAACGGGGAAUAAUCUUGAAGCUGCUGGAUCAGCUCGACAUGUCCAAGAAGGGUCUUCGGAUGAAAGCGGCCCGCUGUAUUCUGUAUCUGGCGCAAGGAUGCUGGGCCGAAGUGCAGUGCGACCAGGAACAGCAAACUAUUGCUCGUAAAAAUAUAAUGCUGCUGUAUGAUGCGGGUGUUUUCGGAGCAUUUGUAGAGCUAUUGAAUCUGGAGAUUGACAACUCAUCGACUGCCAGUAUUGCCAUUCGUAAGGUUGCCGUUUCACUCGCAGACUCAGUAGAUCUGAGAGUGAUUUUGUCGGUGCUGUACAUUAUUACCGAAGUGAUGCGAGCUGAGAAGGAAAGUGAUUGUGAGGAGUACGCUCAUCUUGUGACCAACUUCAUCAAUGAGAUUACGUAUCCCAUUGGAGAUGAGCUGCUUUCAGUCAAACUGUUGGGUAUGAUCACGAAGUUUUGCAGUGGCCUGGCUCCGCACUUUCCGAUGAAGAAAGUGCUUCUGCUUCUGUGGAAGGUUUCCCUCGUAUCGCUGGGUGGAAUGGACACCCUUAAGACUUUGAAAGAUAAGUACCGUGCCGAGGCCGAUCUCCCCCAGAACAAGGAGGACACCCUGGAAAUCUCCAAGGUGAUGCGUGCCAGCUCGCCCCCGAUAACGGCACCCUCGAACGAGGACAAUCAAAAUCCCAAGCGCAACAAGCCGUUCCGAAGAGUAUGUACGAACACUACUAGUCAGUUGCAAGAGAGUCUCAUCAAGCAGAGCUCGCUCGACGAGCAGGAGCAGAUCGGACUCGAGAUGGAAACCCCCUCGACCGAGAACGAGGAAGAGCUGUCCGAGUACUUCCGGCAGUACGACGAUCCGGUCAAUGGGGCCAACGCCCCGAACACGGAUGGACCCGGGCCUGAAGAUGAAACUACGCCACCGGCGGAAAGCAACGACACUCCGGAGCAGCUGACCAACAAGCUGCCGUGGGCGCCGAAGAUUCGCCGGAAAGACAUCGAGAUUUUCCUGAACACAUCGCGCAGCAAGUUCAUCGGGUAUAUCCUGAAGGAUGAUCACCAGACGUUGGCGGGGCUGCCGCAGCCCAUUCAGGAGGGAUUCUAUACGCUUAAGAAGCACAUGUACAUCAGCCUGGCGGAUGUCCAAAUCAAGAAGGAAGAGGAUAUUACCCGUAAUCCGAUUUCCACCUCGGAAGGCGAGAUUCCCCAAACGCCAACCGAGAUACUGUACCAAGCAAUACUCCCGAAUCUUCCCCAGUACAUGAUUUCGCUGCUGAAGAUCCUGUUGGCCGCGGCACCGACCUCCAAGGCCAAAACCGAAAGCAUCAACAUUAUGGCCGACGUACUGCCAGAGGAUAUGCCAAUGACCGUCACGCAAUCCACCAAGCUGGGCAUCGACGUUAGUCGACACAAGGAAAUCACAGUGAAAGCAGUUUCCGCCAUUCUGCUGCUCUAUCUGAAGCAUUUCAAGAUCAACCACAUCUACCAGUUUGAGUUCAUGUCGCAGCAUCUGGUGUUCGCCAACUGCAUCCCGCUGGUGCUCAAAUUCUUCAACCAGAACAUCAUGAGCUACGUCGGAUCCAAGAACGUAAUCCCGAUCAUGGACUUCCCGUCGUGCGUUAUUGGCGAACAGCCGGAACUCACCUCCGAAUCGCUAAUCAUCGGAGAUUCCGCUCCAUACUCCUGGCGCAACGUGUUCUCCUGCAUCAAUCUACUUCGAAUUCUGAACAAACUGACCAAGUGGAAGCACUCCAGGAUCAUGAUGCUGGUGGUGUUCAAAUCCUCUCCGAUCCUCAAGCGAACCCUUAAGGUCCGCCAUGCCCUGAUGCAGCUCUACGUCCUCAAGCUGCUCAAGAUGCAAACCAAGUAUCUGGGGCGGCAGUGGCGCAAGUCCAACAUGAAAACCAUCAGCGCCAUCUACGCCAAGGUGCGGCACCGCUUGAACGACGAUUGGGCCUUUGGGAACGAUCUGGACGCGCGGCCGUGGGACUUCCAGGCGGAGGAAUGUGCCCUGAGGAAUUGCGUCGACCGGUUUAACAACCGGCGCUAUCUGCAGAUGAACGCUCCGGAUCUCAUUGCUAGCGAAUUUGACGACCCGAUUGAGGGUGACGCGGUCAACGGAGGGGGAGGAGGAGGAACCACCGGGGCCGGGAACGGAACGAGUGGUCGAAAAUCGGACGAUAUCGAGCUGAGCGAGGAGUUCAAGCAAAACUACGAACUCUGGCUACAGCAAGAGGUGUACAAUAACAAUAUCGAUUGGGAUUCGUUGCUGUCGAGUGAGGAUUUCACGUAAGUUUCUUAAGUUUUAUCUACGGGAGCCAAAAUUGACACGUGUAGAAAGUUAUAUUUAUAAAGUAACUAUUGUAACAAUAAUGCGGAUAACCGAAUAAAAAGUGAGCUGAUGCAGCUGCAUGAACAUUGAUUGAGUGUCGUUAACUAUGAA